AUGUUCAUAGCUGAUGAAAUUGAAAUAGGCUCCUUCCUUCGUCGUCGCAGCAAUGCUUCGCUUCUCCCUUCCGAGACCUAUUCGCAAGCAGCUACUCCUUCGGACUCUAAGGGCAAACGUCGCCGCGCAGCUGGUAUUGUUACUUUCGAGCACUUGCCUUCCCUCCGCGUCGCCCGUCGCGAUUUGCUACGCUUUGUCGACAGCGUCGAUCAGCAGAUUACCUUGCUCGAGGAGGCCGAGGCCAAUGCGCUGGGUUCGGACGAAGAGGAGGAUCCGAACCAGUCGUAUUGGGUCGCAGCGGCCGCGAAACUUCGUAGCAAGAGUACUGAUUGCCAAACAUACUAA